AUGAAGCCAAAGACCCAACCCAAGAAAGUCGCUUCCAAGCCCUCUGUCGCUAGUGCUGCUGCCGCUGCGUCUGGAAGCAAUUCUUCCAUCAAUUCCCACUUCAUAAAGGACCUUUCGAGUUCGGUGGUCAACACUUUCACCAAUUAUUUCAAAACUCUCCAAUCGUCACCAAAACUUCUUUUAAUCGACACCUUCUGUCUUUUCCUCGUUUUAUUGGGGGCCAUACAAUUCUUAUUUGUUCUCGUGGCUGGUAACUUCCCAUUCAAUGCCUUCUUAUCUGGGUUCAUUGGGGCUGUGGGCCAAUUUGUGUUGACUAUUAGUUUACGUUUACAAUACAGUGAUGCCAAUAGAGAUAAAUUCAAAGGUAUCACUGCGGAAAGGGCAAUAGGCGAUUAUAUAUUUGCUAGUUUGAUUCUUCAUUUUAUUGUGUACCAUUUCAUCAAUUAA